GAGAAGAUUGUGAUUGUCUCAAGAUCCCGAAACAUUUUUGAAAAUUUAGCUCUGGAAGACUGGUUAUACAAAAAUGCAGACUUGAACAAUCAGUCUUAUUUAUUGAUGUGGAAGAACACUCCAGCCAUUGUGAUAGGGCGUCAUCAAAACCCUUGGUACGAAUGUGAUGUUAAUACGGUAGUCAAAGAUGAUGUAGACCUAGCCCGAAGGAAUAGUGGAGGUGGGGCUGUUUACCAUGAUGAAGGGAAUUUAAACUGUUCGUUUCUGAUGGCACGAAAAUUGUACAAUCGUAAGAAGAAUCUGGAAUUAGUCGUGGAUGCUGUCAAGUCCAAGUGGGAUGUUGAUUUAACAAUCAACCAAAGAGAAGAUAUCAUUUUAAAUGGACUUUAUAAGGUUUCUGGUACAGCUGCUAAACUAGGGGGAGAUAAAUCUUACCAUCAUUUUACUCUAUUGGUAGACGUUGAUAAAAAUAACUUGAGUCAGUAUCUACAGUCGCCCAUGACUGGAGUUAAAACGAAAGCAACAGCAAGUGUGAUAUCAAAUGUAAUGAAUUUAAAUGAAGCAGAUGAAGACCUCACUGUAGAUAAAGUCAUUAAAGCCAUCUCAGGCAAAUUUCUUCACCAUCAAAUAUCUUUUUCUCUUUUUUUUAAAUAUUUUUUUUGUUAUUUUCUACUCCAGAUUCCUAAAAUUGAAAAUGUUUUUCCAUCCGAAAUCAGUUUUCCUGGUUUUACUAAAAUUCUUGCGGAACUCAAAACAUUUUCUUGGAUUUUCGGAAAGACUCCUAAUUUUAUGAUUAGCAAAUCAUUUGUGAGGGAUUUAGACUCAAAGCAAUGCUUUUGUGAACUGGACAUUCUGGUCGAAAAAGGAAUAAUUCAGGAUAUUAGG